UUACAGGCCGUAGGUUUGGCAUUGUGGGAAGGCAAAGACACGCUGUUGCAGCUCGGCGCGAAACGGAGCGUGGGGAGCAUUUGUGCGGCGUCCAAAUCUCCAGCGCCAACGAGCCCGUUCUGCUCCGCACCAAGUUACCCAUGGCCCUUUGCAACGGAGAGUCCAAGCUGGAGAUCAAAGCAAGAUCCAAGGAUGGGCAAUGUCAGGAGGGUGCUGUUGUUAUUCUUGAUGCAGGAGCACAAUAUGGGAAAGUCAUUGAUCGACGUGUAAGAGAACUUUUUGUACAGUCAGAGGUAUUGCCUCUGGAGACCCCUGCAUUUACAAUUCGGGAGCAGGGUUUUCGUGCUAUCAUUAUAUCUGGUGGACCAAACUCGGUUUAUGCUGAAGAUGCCCCUUGGUUUGAUCCUGCCAUUUUCACCAUUGGCAAGCCAGUUUUAGGCAUUUGUUAUGGCAUGCAGAUGAUGAAUAAAGUAUUUGGAGGCACUGUUCACAGGAAGUGCGUACGAGAAGAUGGUGUAUUCAGCAUUAAUGUUGACAAUACCUGUUCACUUUUUAGGGGCCUUAAGAAGGAGGAGAUGGUGCUGCUCACACAUGGUGACAGUGUUGAUAAAGUUGCUGAUGGCUUCAAAGUAGUAGCUCAGUCUGGAAACAUUAUAGCAGGUAUUGCCAAUGAACAAAAAAAGCUUUAUGGGGUCCAGUUUCAUCCUGAAGUUGAUCUUACAGAGAGUGGAAAGGAUAUGUUGAGAAACUUUUUAUUUGAUAUAGCUGGCUGCAGUGGUAAUUUUACAGUCCAGAACAGAGAACAAGAUUGUAUUCAUGAGAUCAAAGAAAAAGUUGGCAACAGCAAAGUUCUGGUUUUAUUAAGUGGUGGUGUUGAUUCAACUGUGUGCACAGCCUUGCUGAAUAAGGCUUUAAAUCAGGACCAAGUAAUUGCAGUACAUAUAGACAAUGGCUUUAUGAGAAAGAGAGAAAGCCAAGCUGUAGAGGAAGCACUAAAGAAGCUAAAUAUAAAUGUCAAAGUAAUAAAUGCUGCUCAUACAUUCUACAAUGGCACAACAACAUUACCAAUAUCAGAUGAAGACAGAACUCCUAGGAAAAGAAUUAGUAAGACAUUAAACAUGACAACCAACCCAGAGGAAAAGCGUAAGAUUAUUGGAGACACCUUUGUCAAGGUUGCUAAUGAAGUUACAGGGGAAAUGAAUUUGAAACCAGAAGAAGUUUACCUUGCUCAGGGAACGUUACGGCCUGAUUUGAUUGAAAGUGCUUCAACAAUUGCAAGCUGCAAAGCAGAUGUCAUAAAAACGCACCACAACGAUACAGAAUUAAUAAGAAAAUUGAGGGAUGAGGGUAAAGUAAUUGAACCACUGAAAGACUUUCACAAGGAUGAAGUGCGAGCUCUGGGAAGACAGCUUGGUCUUCCUGAGGACAUAGUUUCAAGACAUCCCUUUCCUGGUCCAGGUUUGGCUAUUCGUGUUAUUUGUGCUGAUGAACCAUAUAUUUGUAAAGAUUUUGCAGAGACUAACAACAUUUUGAAAAUUGUGGCUGACUUUUCAGCCAGUGUAAAAAAGCCACAUACCCUUUUGCAAAGGGUAAAAUCUUGUGUAUCUGAUGAAGAGCAAGAUAGAUUAAUGCAUAUCACAAGUCUACAUUCACUUAAUGCCUUCUUAUUGCCAAUCAAAACUGUGGGAGUUCAGGGAGACUGUCGUUCAUACAGUUAUGUAUGUGGUGUAUCUAGUAAAGAUGCCCCUGACUGGGAUUCCCUGAUGUUCUUAGCCAGGCUUAUUCCUCGCAUGUGUCACACCAUUAACAGGGUUGUCUAUGUGUUUGGACCACAAGUAAAAGAGCCACCGACAGACAUCACUCCAACCUUUUUAACAACAGGGGUCCUCAGUACUCUAAGACAAGCAGACUAUGUAUCUCACACAAUUCUCAGGGAGUCUGGUUACUCUAGCAAAAUUAGUCAAAUGCCUGUUAUUCUGACCCCUCUACAUUUUGACCGGGAUCCACUGCAAAAACAGCCUUCCUGCCGAAGAUCUGUUGUUAUCCGAACCUUUAUCACUAGUGAUUUUAUGACAGGCAUUCCAGCAACUCCAGGGAACCAAAUACCAGAAGAGGUCCUGUUAAAAUGGUAAAUGAAAUUAUGAAGAUCCCUGGCAUCUCUAGAGUGAUGUAUGACCUUACAUCUAAACCUCCUGGAACUACAGAGUGGGAAUAAGCUACAAAUUUUAGUAGCAAACAAGAACUGUACGUACUGUCCAAAUAACCCAAGAACAACAUUCCUAUUGUUGACAUGCAGUACUGUGACAGAUGCGUGACUAGAGCUGCUACAUUGCACCUUUUAUCCCCACCAAAUAUAGUUUGUGGUGAUUGGUGUGUACCCUAAAAGGAUGACAACUGUGGGGCAGGGGAAUUGUACGGGUAAAAAAAAAAAAAAAUGUAACAGCAUUUGGUGCAACUGGAUGAUGGGGUUUUUUGUUUGUUUGUUUGUUUUUUUAAAGUGGCUUUUGCCUACAAAAAUUCAAUUUCUCCUGUAUUCAUAUAUUUGUAUAAGCUAUGUGUCUGUUUUGUAAACCUUUGAAAGACUUUGAUUUACUUUUACAGUACUAGCUGCAGUUGUUAUAGAAAACAAAAUAUUGCAAAAUUAUAAUGUUUCCAGUUUCAUUUUACAUGCAUUUUUAUAAAUAUUUUGCCAAACAAUUACAGAAGUGUUGAAUUUUAUUGCAGUGCUUACACAUUAUGGUGUAUUUGAUUUUGGUUUUAAUUAACUCAAAUUUGAGAAUAUUAUAGCCAGAUGAACCUAAAAUAUCCAGAAUAAAUUACAUCAGUGAGCUACAGUAGUGCCUCGGUUUUCCAGUAACCUUAAAACUAAAAUAAAUUCAAACUGCUAACAUUUCUGGAGUUGUGUACUGUAUAAUAAAUGUUGCAAUAAGUAUUUUGUGAUAACAAGGUGGUUGGAGGGGUAGAGCUAGGGUCAGGUGCUUACAAAGUGUUUUUCUUUUUUCUUAACAGCCUAUCAUAAAUCAACAUUAUGUAUGAAAUCAGCGUCUCUAAUUCUACCAAUGCAUUACGUUUGCAACUACAAUGAUCUUAUAGUUUGUCAGAUAAGUUUAUUUUACUUCUAAAGCAAUCCAUAAAACACCUUGUUAAAAGCAUAUGUUCCAAAGUUCAGAAUGAUUUUUAGUAUUAUUUAUUUUAAAACACAUGCAGUAAAAGUAACAUCAAAUAUAUGUUAAGGCUUGCUUUGAAAAGUAACGUUUUUAUUUUUUGCAAUGUUUUGAUAAAUGUCCCUGUUAUUACUGGAUAACAGAAAAAGGUCAGAGGAAGUGUUUGGAUAUUACCUUGCAUUAGCACCAAAAGUUGCCAAAGCUUAAAUUUUUGGGCACUUCAAAAAGUGCCAAAAUUAAUUUAAUGUUAACAACCUGUUUUUUCCCUUUCUUCAGAUUGUAGAUUUUUACACAGUUUAUUUGCUUUAGAAACCUUGUUAUUUUUCAGUUCUUAAAAUAUAUUUGACUUUUUAAUUUUGUGGACUAUUUGACAUCUUGCCACAGAAAAAUAUUUUGCACUCUGACAAGUACAGGAUAGUAGUAAGUCAGGUAAAUGGAAAUAAGACGCAGUCCCUUUUUUGCUGUUUCGAAUGAAAUGAAUAAGUUAUCAACAGAAUGAAGCAUUGCAAAAAAGUCUUAAAUGCAAAAAUAAUAAUAAUAAUAAAGCAUAAUGUAUUAUCUUUUUAAAUGUAAAUUUGACAUGUUCUUGUUUUAAAAUGUAUAACUAAUGGACAUUUAUUUUGAUAUUUCGGUAUAAGUGUAAUAAGCUUAAUUUAUGCAAUUCUGUGUAACACAGAGUAUUCUGUAUAGUUUAAAAAUGCUUUUCCUUAGUAAUGUGCCUCAAAACCUACUGCAUGAAGAAUUUCAACUUUAAAUUUGUAUACAAAAACAAGCUUUAAUAAAGAAUUAUUUAAA